AAUAAAAAAUCUCCGCGAUUCAACGGUCCUAUAUAUAUAUCUGUUUUUUGGUUCAGUUUUGAGUCAAACUCACUACAGCAUGGCUCUGGAAGCUCCACCUCGACUUCCGAAACCGAUACCCGCCUUUCCACAAACCCACCGGUUCGCCGCCUUCGGAACCUGUUUACCUCCAUUUCACCACCGCCCUCUGUCACCGGUUCCCCAGCUUCGGAGAACCUGUCUCCGAGCACCAACUAUACUCCGGUCGGCGGUUUCUGAAGCGAAGGAGAGUGCGGUGACGGAGGGGCUACCGGAGCCGCCGGUGAGAAUAGUGGCCUUGGUGGGCGAGGGAAGCCUCAGCCCUCUGAACCUCGCACCCUGGCAAGAAGUCAUACUCCACACUGCAAAACGAUUGAAAUGGGUUGAUGAAGGUUAUGAAAUGCUUGUAUUUACUGAUAGUGUUUGUCAAUCUGAUGAUGAUAAUGCUAAAACGAGCCUGCGAAGGGAAUUAAGUCGUACGGAUAUUUUGGUUAUUGUUGCUGUAACAAAUGAAGAAUCAGUUUUGUGGAUAGAGAGCAAUUGUAAAUCUAUCCAAAAUAUAAUCUGCUUUGAUUCGUCCCACAAGUUAGAAAACAAACUAGGAGGGUCUUAUGUUGGAAUUGAAAGAAAAGGGAAAAUAUUUGACAAAAUAGUUGGGCUUUCGCGUUCGAAUGAAUCCGUGGAAGUAGUCCGGACUGUAUCGGAGGCAUGGGAUCGGCAUAAUUCUGAUGAUAUAAGGUUCUGUUUGCUGGUAAUAAUCAAUGCUUAUAUAAGGCCGGUCCCAAUCCUAAAGAAUCUGAGAUCAAAGGGAUUGUCCACCCUGAACUGCAUGGUCAAGAACUGUGGUCCUCAGAUACUAAACUGCCUCUUAGAUCCUAAUUGUAGGAAAGCCCUUCAGUGCUUGAACCAGUGCAGUCCUGUGGACCAAGUGUGUAAUUAUCGGUGUAUUGCCUCGUAUGAGAGUCCAAAUCUGGAAGCAUUUUCUCUGUGUGUGUUGCAGAAGAACAAUUGUCUUGAACUGGAUGCAAAGAUCCCCGAAAAGCCGUAUGUGCCUCCCAUGGUUAAGUUUCAAGGGAAGGACUUGUGUCAUGAGGCUGCUGAAGAUCUUUUUGUUGGCUGGUUGGGGAGUUUGAACUGGAGUUGGCGUGUCGUGGCUGGCCAGAACCCGGCUUAUGACCAAUUUCCAUGCCAGUACCAGCUAUUUUAUAGGGGAAAGGCAAAAGGAUCAUUCUGGUACGAGCCGGUUUUUCAGGUGAAAACAUUGGAGGGGGGGGAGAUGGUUUGGAGGAGGAGAAAGUAUCGGGUUAAGAGAGCGAAAAUGCCCGGGACGUUCUACUUCAGUGUGUUGGAUAAUGGGGUUGUUUCAAAUGAGUUUUGGACAAUUGUGGAUGUAUCUGAUGAUCUUAGUUGGGGUUUGUUUCAUUACAGUGGGGCUGCUCGUGCUGCCGGACAGUCGUAUACAGGGGCGGUGCUUGUUAGUCCAGAUGGGGCAUACCCAAAUGACAUGGAGAGGGAGAGAUUAGUUUUGGCAUUGGAGAAGUGUGGAAUUAAAGACUGGGAGCUAUAUGCAGUGGAUAAUUGUUCAUGUGUAGAUCCUCCAUUGGGAAUUCCAGAAGGUGCAAGUUUACAUUCUGUGAUCAAAGUUAAAGAUGAGAAAUGGGCCUCUGUGUAGGAUUUGCUUGUAGCUUAGCCAACCAAAUUCUACAAACAGGAGUCUAGAUUUGUCAAAAAAAUAUAGCAAGGUUGAAUAGUAAUGGAUAGGUACAUCAAAUUCAAGUCCAAUUUCUCAUAUUCUGGCUCAA